AUGGAAGAAUUACUUAAAUUACAGAAACCAAGAUUACCAAAUAAAGAUGCACAUCCAUAUCAUAUGUAUGAUAUGAUCACUGAUACACCAGCUGCCCUUAGAAGAGUCUAUCAAGAGGAACAAGCCGUUAUCGAGUCUGUUGCUACUGUGUUACACUCUGAUCGUAUCAAUCGUAUCUUACUUGUAGGCAUCGGUACUUCAUGGCACGCAACUCUCAAUGCGGCCUAUCUUUUAAAUAAGGUAGGAGGCCUGGGUCUCUCAGACACCAAGACUGUUACAGCUUGGAAUAGUUUCGACUUUAUUCAACAACAACCAAAGAUCGAUAGUUCCUCUGCAGUCAUUAUUUUCUCACAUCGUGGUGUAAAGAAGUUCAGCUACCAAUCGUAUAUCCGUGCAAAGGAAGCUGGAUCGUAUACAAUUUUGCUCACUGGUGUCGGUAGCGCUCUUAUUGAGUCGCUCGAUGCAGUCAUUAGAACUUCAAAGCAAGAGCAAUCGUCGGCAUUCACUAUCAGCCAUUCCUGUUCUUAUUAUGUCUCUUUGAUUCUAUCGGUCGAGAUAGGACUAAAGAAUGGUGUGGACACUGCCAAGGACUUGAAGCAGAAUCAUCUCGCAAAAGUACCAGAGUAUUUUGAGUCAUUGCUUCAAGAUGAAACACCCUACAAACGAUGGGCAGAAUCUGCAAAGGACCGUUCAUACCUCCCAUUCGUAGGAUACCUUGGAAACGUAUCCAAUUGCUAUGAAGUUGCACUCAAGAUCAAAGAGGCUGCUUGGGUAGUUGCCGAAGGUUGUCAACUUGAACAAUUCAUCCACGGUCCAUUCGUAGCCGUCGACAACAAGACUGCAUUGACUACCAUAAUAACACCAGAUCCACUUGGUAAAGAAAGAUCUCAUCAAUUAUUAAAUGCAGCAAAACAUGUUGGAUCGGUUAUCUCUGCCAUUACAACCAAGAGCGAUACUACAACUGAAUCAAUUGUUGGAGUAGAGAAUACCAUUAAGUUGGUUGAUGUACCAGAUCCAAUUAGUAUUAUUACCAAUUUAGGAUGUCUUCAAUUGUUAACAUACCAUUUAGCACUGGCUAAAAAAACCAAUCCAGAUACAUUCCGUAGAGAUCAACCUCUGCAUUCUGAUGCAUUCACAACUGCAGGUCUACUUAUUUGA